UUGUUGGCACGGCAACGUGAAAAAUCCAACAAAAAUGAAUCAUUACAAAUUUUUGUGUUGCGGAAAACUGUUGGAUUUCGAGUGAUGUGAGUUUCAGAGAAGAUAAACUUAAAAAAAUUUGAAUUUUUGCAGGAAAGAUUCUCGCCGUCAAAUAAUUCUCCUUGUAUUUUUGAAUUUCAUCAUUUUCGUCGCAUUGUAUUGGAAUUUCCAAGCCCAAAAAUGCACACCGAAAAUGUUGAUUUCUCACGAAUCGCAUGAAAGAGCAGUGCAGAAAUCCAGUGCUGAGAAACCGAAAAAAAAGACGAUGGAAUAUCAAGGAGUGCUGGAAUCCAGUGAUGGAAUCGGAUUCACUUUCAAAAAUCAGAAAAAUAUUGAACCAUUGCCAAUUUUUGGGGAACUCGAAAAAUUGCCAAAAUGUGAAAAUACAACGAAAUCGAAUUUUGAGCCGAAAUCCAUUCUUCAAGCUUUUCACAAUUGUAUUGAUCCGAUUUUCGAAAAUGAGUUGGGAAAAUUGAAUGUUUCUGCAUUUUCCUGGAAUUUCUGUGAUGCCACCCAAAAAUGCGAUGAUUUGAAGGAAAUUCAGAAGUUGCCGAUUAAACCGUUUGAAAAUCAACACGAAAUUAAAUGGGCCAUUUUACCGAAUUGUGUAAGUCGUGGAUAAAAUCUGAAAAAAACUAUUUUUGAUUUUCAGAUGGAGGAAAAUGUGAUGGUUACGUUGGGAAUCGGGCAUGACGUGGAUGCGGAGAUUCUAUUGAAUAGAGUGCGUUUUUUCGACACGUGGCAGGAAAUUUGACACAAAAUUUGAAUUUCAGACCCUCCCAAACACUAAAUUCUACGGAGCCGAUCCAAUAAUCGAGCCGAAUCUUCAACUAUACUCUAGUUUUGGCAAAUUUUUCCCAUUUGCUGUUGGCCGUGAAGCGGGAGUCACAACUUUUCGGAUUUUACCGAAUCAAAAUCAAAGAUCUCGUGAGUUCACAACUUUUUAUUUGAAUUUUCCGGAUUAUUUUUUUGCAGGACAAUAUUUCAACCAAGAUGUGACAGCUGUAGAUGUCACAUAUUUUUUGAAGAACAUUUUGAAGUUAUCGAAAAUCGAUUUUCUUUGGUUGGAUAUUGAAGGAGGCGAGACGUUUUUCUUGGAUUUUCUUCAUCGUGGAAAUCAAUUCGAUUUGGCUGGUAUUUCGAUUUGUCAAUUUAAUAUUGAAGUAGGAGGAGUUUCAAAAAUGUUUUUCUGUAUUUCAAUAAUAUUUUGCAGCUUCACCCAGUUUUAUGGAAAGGCGGAUAUCAGCGAGUUUAUGAUUUUUUGACUCAAAUUCGAAAAGAGAGUCGUUUUAUUUUUGUGAAGCCGAUGAAAACUUCAAAAGGAGUUUUUAGAUUGUUUUUUAUUAAUGUCGAGGAUCCGAAAUGUGUUAGAAAAUUUUUGUAA